UCUGAGUGUGCGUGCAUGCGUACCACGGACUAAGCUAACAGGCUAGCAGCGAAGGGUGCUCCAUCAGCGGGAGGCGGAAAAGACCGCAGGCGGCAGUGAGGGGAAACUUAAAAUCGAGGAACCGACUCUUGCCAGGCGAACGCUUUAAACACUGGGAGGAAUUACCCGUUUGGCUGUAAAAUGUCUGACUUUGACAGCAACCCGUUCGCAGACCCGGACUUCAACAAUCCUUUCCAGGAUCCCUCGGUGACACAGGUUACCCGAUCUGCUCCUCCUGGUGGUCUAGAGGAAUACAACCCCUUCACAGAUGCCAGAACGGCCGCCCCUGGAAAUGCCCCCAAAUCUACUCCAGCACCUGCCCAGAACACACAGCCUGCCAUCAUGAAGCCCACAGAAGAGCCCCCAGCCUACUCGCAGCAACAAACACAGGACCAGGCACGUGCUCAGGCUGAGUUGCUGAGAAGGCAGGAAGAGUUGGAGAAGAAAGCAGCUGAGCUUGACCGCAGGGAGAGAGAGCUGCAGUCUCACGGAGGUGCAGGUCGUAAAAACAACUGGCCUCCUCUGCCUGAGAAGUUUCCUGUAGGACCGUGUUUCUAUCACGACAUUGCAGUAGACAUACCUAUCGAGUUCCAGAAGACGGUGAAGAUCAUGUACAACCUCUGGAUGUUUCACGCAGGGACGCUCUUUGUGAACAUGUUUGGCUGCCUAGCCUGGUUCUGUGUGGAUCCGAGUCACGGUGUGGACUUCGGUCUGGCCAUGCUAUGGUUCCUGCUUUUUACACCCUGUUCCUUUGUCUGCUGGUACAGACCGCUUUACGGGGCUUUCAGGAGCGACAGUUCUUUCCGCUUCUUUGUCUUCUUCUUUGUCUACAUCUGCCAGUUUGGGGUUCACGUGCUACAGACUAUCGGCAUCACAGGCUGGGGCACAUGUGGCUGGAUCACGGCUCUAAUGGGUCUUAACACCAGUAUCCCAGUUGGCAUCAUCAUGUUACUCAUUGCUGCGCUCUUCACAACACUGUCUGUGGGCUCGCUCAUCAUGUUUAAAAAGGUGCACGCGCUGUAUCGUACCACUGGUGCCAGCUUUGAGAAGGCUCAGCAGGAGUUUGCCACAGGCGUCAUGUCGAACAAGACGGUUCAGACAGCAGCUGCCAACGCCGCAGCUAACGCCGCAACCAACGCCGCCCGGGGGGCCUUCAAACCUCAUCCGUAAACACUCUCACAGAGACACACGCCCAUCAGCCAACUCCCUCACACACACUCUGGAUGCACCAAUUUGGCCCUGUUGCGAAAUCACCCGAUUUGCUCAUGUUGCUAUGCUAACAUUGAUUGGCUCUUGUGCAUCCCCCACCCAAAAUCCAAACUUUAAAAGGACCCUUACCUGCAUUGUGUGUCCAAAACAUUCCCCCACCAGUCAUGCUUUGUCAUCUCCCACGCUGUCCUCCCCCUUGAGGCGGUACUGGAAUUGCAACCCCCUCCGUAACUCUCCUUAAAUGAAUCACCUUCUUCACUCAUCAUGGUAGAUAAUCCAUUCAGAGCGCUGUGUCUCCUUGCAGGGGGCGGGGCGGGGUGAACUUGUCAAAGAGAAGUGAUCUGCAUGUCCCAUUGGUUGUUUAGGGAAUGGACACACCCCAUGAAAGGGAUAAAUACAGUAUGUGUGUGUGUGUGUGUGUGUGUGUGUGUUACAAUCAUAUGUCUUCGUAGCUCGUCACAAAAACCUAAAGCUGCUAUGAAUCUGGACGUGGCCUCUUGCUGUUUUGUUUUUUUUUCACAUUAUUGGGAUACAGCAAACAGGCCUUAGUAAAGAGGUAAGGGGGGCUAAGAGAUGUGACCCACCCUGAUAAACACGCGUGAAAUGGUCAAAUUGUACCAAAAAAUGAUUGGCAUGUGACCUGUAGUAGCCCAAUAUGGCAGAUAACGCUUAAGACAGCCGAAGUUAAAUUGUACAGACUGUCAUUGGCACCCCCUGGCGGUGAGGAGCAUGCAUGACAAGUUGGACUGACGUUGACUGGAAUAUACUUGUGCAAAUGUUGAACGCUAAUCAUGGCAAAACUAACAACAGUAUUUGUUCUUUGAAUUUUGAUAGCACAUUUCUGGUUUUAUUUAGUUGUUCUUAUUUAUGGCAUAAUUUAAGUUCUAUUUUACAUGAUGUGUUGUUAUUAUUGUAUAUGUGUGUUUGUGGUCAGCAUCAGAUAGUGACUUUGCAAGGAAGCUUUGAAUGAUUAGCGUGAACGAUUCAAAAACAACAAAAAAUCCCUCAAGUGUUAUUCUACUGUAUGUCCUCAAAAGCUGUGAGAAAUGUACCAAAUGUCCAUCUAAUUUUAUUUUUAGUUUGUAAUAUUCUGAAACUACUUUUACUACACGACAUGAGAGUUGAUGGCUCCACACGCCCUCUCUUUGUUUAUUUGUGUAUUUUGCAGGCCAGUCUACACGACAGAAUGUUUUUGAACCACAUGAAGUGUUUUUGACCUGUGACCAUGUCAGUUCACUGAAUGAGAAUUGUGACAGUAAUUUAAGAGGAAUACCGUACUUGUAUAUUUUGUAAAGAUGAUCAUGUCAGUCCCCAUUAUUGAGUCGCGUGUAAAAAGAACAUUUAAUGCACUCUCUCAUCUGGCCUUUGUCGCAUGUGAAAUAGUUUUCAGUUUUGUAUAUUUAUGGUAUUAACAUGGAAUAAAGAUUUGAAAAAGACCUUUGUCGAUUCUUCAUGAAACUAUUGAUCUGCAUCGCGGUGCCACAGUAGGUUUCCCUUCAAUGAACCACAGCUACCCAGUACCAGCAGCAUUCAUGCAUCCCCAGGUGUAAUUACCAUCAAAGUGCUUGACUGCAGGCCAACACAAACAU